AUGGCGGCAACAGAGCAUGCGAUCACCAUCAGUGAGCAAAUGGAGUUGCCAUCGCUCCCGCCCAACCAGGGCGUUGAGGCGAUGAAGGAUAUCGUAUUUGGAUCGUCAGCAGGAAUGGCCGGCAAACUCAUUGAAUACCCCUUCGACACUGUAAAAGUUCGACUACAGUCACAACCUGCACACCUUCCUCUCCGAUAUUCAGGACCAUUGGAUUGUUUCCGCCAGUCCUUCCGAGUCGAUGGCUUCCGUGGGCUAUACAGAGGCAUUAGUGCCCCCAUGGCUGGGGCUGCAGUAGAGACUAGCUGCCUCUUUUUCAGUUACCGCCUCAUCCAAGAUGCCGUACGUGCAACGGUCUACCCAGGCGACGAGCACCUGCCAUUUAUUGCUCUUAUUGCAUGCGGUGCUCUAUCUGGCUCGAUCACAUCACUGGCGCUUACACCCAUUGAAUUGGUGAAAUGCAAGAUGCAGGUCCCCGCGGAGUCAGCAAGCCUCAGACCCGCUGGUCCCAUGGCCAUCGUCGCUGCAGUUUUCAGACAGGAGGGCCUGAUGGGAUUCUGGCGGGGCCAGAUGGGCACUCUGAUCCGAGAAACCGGCGGGAGUGCAGCAUGGUUUGGCGGGUACGAGGGCGUGUCGUCGCUCUUCCGCACUUAUAACAAGUCGCACUCAUCAAACUCUGACUCGCUUCCUGUUCAUCAACAAAUGAUUGCAGGAGCAAUGGCUGGAAUCAGCUACAACUUCCUGUUUUACCCGGCCGAUACAAUCAAAUCUCGCAUGCAGACAGAAGAUAUCUCACGACUGCCCACCAGCGCUGAACGGCAGACCUUCUGGAGCGCGACCAAGUCCCUCUGGAGACAACAAGGGCUCAAGGGCAUGUACCGCGGGUGCGGGAUCACCUGCGCACGGUCGGCACCUAGCUCGGCCUUCAUUUUCUCUGUUUACGAGGGACUGCGGCAAUAUUUUGGAUGA